CAUCUUGGAUCGACAUGCCCCCUGGAUACAUUACGCGCCUACCACAUCGACCUAGUUUAAGGAGGCAGUGCUAACUCUACAGAAUGGGCACACAAGAUGUAUGCCUUAUAUGAGGCUUCGCGCACUAUUGUCCUAUUUCAAUGUAGUUUAUUCUCCCCGCUACUUUCCAACAGUGGCAUUCGUCAUGGAUGGCCUUUCUAGUGCUUCCGCUGUGUUUGCUGUUGUGUCUCUUGCUGUCCAGCUGGCAGAGACUAUUCACAAGUUAGUCGAGUUUUGGAAAGCAGUCGAGGAUGCUCCUGAUAAUAUUACGAGGAUCUUCCAAGAACUUGGACUCCUGUCCAAGAUUUUAACACAAAGUCAAGAACUAGCGCAAUGCCACUCGUUCUCUGAUAUAUUUGAUGAAGCGCUGGAAGAUUGCAGUUCCAAGAUUUUCAAACUUUAUUCGAAGGUUGAGGAGACAAGAAAGAAUCUCAAAUCUGGAAAGCUACGCAAACGGAAAUGGGCAGCGUGGAAGAUUGUAUUGCAAAAAGCUGAAAUAGACUCUUUACAAAGAUCUAUCUCGGACGCGAAACUAACCAUACUACUAGUACAAAACAAUAGCCUUUUGUGAGUACUUCAACUAGGCAUGCAUGGGGCAGAUACUGAUCUUUGAUAGGGCGCGCCCAUUUUCAACAUCUAACGUUUAUCAAUUCAACCAAAAGACAUCUCAUGCCAACACUCAGAUAUUCCAAAGCAUGCAAAUAACCGAACAAGAGCUUUCAAAGAGCUUGGCAGAAAAACAGAGUCUGCUGAGUUCGGGGUAUCUCAAUGAAAACCUUGUGCCAUUCCACCCUGUCACAACAAGGCAGCGCUUCAUUGAACAAGGCCAUGAUAAGCAACAUGAUCAGUCAUCGCUCAGGUAUGCAGCUAUCCCCCAGUCGGUGGGUGUCAGCUCUCGCGAACGGCAUGUACAUGGGAAAAAGGGGCGCCAGAUUACGGGACCAUUCUCGAAUAUAUGGACUGUGUCUCAGGAGGUUCGAGAACAGGUUGCCCAUGCAUCAGGAGCCAAGAAAAAUGUGCAGGCAGAAUCCCAACUAAUCUUGUACCCUUCAAAGUGGCUUGCCAAAAUUGGCAUGGUAUAUGGCGUCAAAUUCUCGGUCCUAGCAUCAAGGGGAUGGCAGUACUCGCUCCAGCCUUUUCGCGCCGUGCCCGAAAAUGCCUUGAUUUUCGAAUUCUGCCGUGAAGGAAAUCUCGAGGGGAUAAGAACAUUACUGAGCCGAGGAGAUGCUUCUCCUUAUGAUAAGGAUCCUUUAGGAAGGACACCUUUAUGGGUAUGUUGACCACACUAGUGUGUCUGCAAUUGCUGACUUAUUUAGUACGCUGUGCUUCAUCAUCAAUUGGAUAUAUCUGCACUGCUGCUUUCGGAGGGUGCAGACGUACAGGAGAUGGAUUGGGUAGAUAGAAGGUAAUGAAUUUUCCUUUGUCAGUGUUUCCAGUAGUCUGGAAUACAGUGCUACGAUGAAGGAUUGCUCAUGAGUACAUCUUGAGGGAUUGAAUUCACUGCAGAGAUCAAAAUUUAAUCGAAUUAUCAAGUUCAUUCACAAUAUUCACCCCACUUUCAGGUGUUUGGGGAUUAAAUAGUCUCAUAUCUAUCCUGCUAGCUCAGACUAUUCUGUCGGAUACCUGUUGAAUUCAUGCUAACAACCUAACUAGGAAACCGAUAUCGAAUCUUUGUUUUGGUGACUGCCACAACAUAAAGCUAAAAUUGGCACUAGCCAAUCUGCUGGCUCAUCACGAUUUUCUAGACGAUGAUGUUAAUUUUUGGGCUAUCGGAAGACUGAUUAUGUUUUAUAGACCAAACAGAAUAAUAGAUCUGGAAGUCGCAAAAAGGAAUGAGUCGGUUAUGGUAGUCUUGCAGUAUUUGGAAUCCUUUUUCCAUCGCACCAAUUACAAUUUCAAUGGCCUUUUUUCUGAUCUAUUGAGUAUGGGAUAUGAUGGCAUGGUAUUGCAGUGGUCUUUACGCAAUAUUCCGGGCAAGCUGCGUGGUAACGAAAAUGGAUCUCUUAUUCAGCGCGCAAUUAGGAGGCUCCUUCUAAUACAAGAACCUCUUACGAUGAAGACCAUUAUUCAUAAAAGCAUAACAGCCGAUCUUCAUCUUUACAUUGAUCCAUCACCAUCACAGGUUUACGGAAGAGAGACCCCCACGUCGUUGGCAAUGUAUGAUUUGGAAGGGUUCUUGGUUUGGCGUAGACUUUUGAAAGAGCUUGGCUUCGAUAUAUCAGAUUUUGUCGCCCAGGAACUAGAAGCCGGGGCAUGGAAAAGUAAUGGAUGGACUCAACCGACGCUUCUUGCAUUGUUUAAGCAAGAAUUGACGCUCCCAAGACUUCCCAAACCGUCCAAUCCAAUGGGUUGCCGUCCUUGCGACAGAUGUCAGCAGCCUAAAAAUAUAACCGAUAUGAAUAAAGUAGAUCUUGAAUGGCGACGGAAACUCCGGGCGAUUAGAACAGGAAAGACACAGGACAUUUUGGAUUAUUGUUCGGCACUAGCCCCAACAGUGGGUGUUAGAUAUGAUAUCACCGAUCGCGUUAAUGGGAAUGAAGCGGAAAGUACUUUCGGUAAGUUCUCUUCGGUGCCUGGUAGUCUGGGUUGAAAGGCUUUGAGUCCUUGAAAUGAUUUGAAUAUUCAAAUUAAUUUCAGUGUUCCGUUGGUUAUAAUUUCUACAAAUACUUGACUAAUAAUGGUUUUAUAGAUCCUCUACCGUAUCGCAUAGUCUGUCCAAGGAAGUGCGAAGACGGAAUUUGUGUGGCGUGGGAAUUCGAAAAUUUUGAGUCGCCGAAUCUUCCACCUUACGUUCCGAAAGAGGAAAGAAAACGUCUCGAACGGCUUCGCUUAUUGGAAGAGGAAGCUAAAUGUCCCACUUACACUAUGCCCGGUGCUUUCAGAAUCCAAUAGUCCGAACCUAGACCGAUUAUAAGGGACGUUUAAAGAAUGUAUUCAUUAUGAUUGUUGGAUUUUUCUGAAACUAAAAUUAUUGAGUCGAUUAGCCAUUUUCAAACAUGCAAAGAUCAGAGAACCUACGGGACUUACGGUUGUACUAUUGGAUACCCAGGAGCUUUCAAGAUUUUAGCUUCAUAUUUUUUAAGAGGCUAAUGUGAUCAGGGUUAGGGAAACUGUUAGUAUAAAAUAGCAGCUGUGAGGAAGACACCGGUGGAUUUUUACUUCAGACUUCAACACUAAGUACUCAGUAGCGUUAUAACGGCGCAUUACUCUAUGAAAUAAACUCUUAGCCCACACACA